AUGGGAGACCUUUUUUCUUUAUUUUGGGAGGUGGAUCCUCCCCCCAUACCUACAAGUUUUGCCAUUCCAAAUCAAGAUUAUGAAUGCCAGAAGGGUGACUCUUGUGAGACAAUAGGGAACUUCCUGCUUUGGUAUUUUGUCAUUUUAUUGGUCUUCUCCCAACCAUUAUAUUGGUUCUUCUCUCGGGCUUCUUUCUGGAUGUCUGAGAAGAAAAAGAAUGAAGACAAUGGGACAAGCAGUUCGCUAAGUAAAGCAAGCAAAGAUACUUCCUAUAAGCGGCAAAACAAAGAUGGUGCCAGGGAUUCUUUGCAAAUGAUGACAAAACCAAAGCAGAACCAACUUCCUCUUGUAACUGACUCAGAAGUGGCUUUGGUCAAUGCAUAUCUUGAACAAAGACGAGCGAGGCACCAUUCUGAAUUCAGCCGGGUGAAUCAGACACAACCUGACAGUGAUACUACUGAGUGUGAGAGUGAAGUAUCUAACUCGGGAGCCUCCUCUUGGAAGGAGAGUGAAAGUGAACACCACCAAUCACCAGCCAGUAUUAAGAAGAGAAAAAUAGCUCAGAGGCAAAGGAAUAUGGGAGGUUGCCAAAUCAGGGAAAGGCCCUGCCUCCACUGCAAAGCCAUGAGAACCAAUGAAUGGCUGACCCGCCAUUUCCUUCAAAACGCUUCGGUAACAACCCCAAUGCAGGGAGAUAUUCAAGAAUGAAAUUCUGGACCUGGUGGAAGAAGUUAAACUACGUGAUGACCAGGCUGUAGCCAUGACAUAAGCUGCCACGAUUCCAAGAAUUGGCCUCAAGGAAAUGGGAACAAACAGACCCUGGAACUGAAGACCAACUAUACUUGAAACAAUCAACAUGAUGCUGGUCAGACCACCUCAUGACCAAUUUCAAGAUGACGGUCAGAGCUGACUGUGCUGUUUCUGCAUGCAGCCCCCUCUCUCUGCCUAUAAAAUCUCUUGCCCCUGAUUGUCAGAGUAGGCCUUUGGACAGAUGUCUGCCCUUCCCUCACUCCCCCAACAGUUGUAGGCAUCCAAAAUACAGCAAACUUUCCUUUCCAUAAACCUGGCCUCUUUAUUGACUUUUGAGCAGCGAGCAGCUGGACCCCACUUUCGGUUACAAGAGGACAGAUGAAAAUUUCCUUGUGUCUGUUGGUUGAUACUUGCUAGGCUGAAUAUAGUGUGUGUGAAGACUAAAAUAUAAUAAAAUAUGAAUCCUAAAAAUAGAAUGGUGUAUCUUCUCCUUUUGCAAUGAAGAGCAAAGUCAGAUCAAUGUAGAUGUAUGUUUAUAGACAAGGAAAGGUUGCCUUUGUUUAAAAAAACCUUUGUUUAAAAAUCAGAAUAUAUGUUAUGGUCUAAUCUUUGUUUAAGAAAAAGCUCUAAAACAUUGAAAGAAGUUUGGAAAGAUAUACUCCAAAUGGUUUUCUUUGGGUGGAGGAAUUAUUGGUGAUUAAAUAAAACACUUCCUUUUAAUCCAAACUUUCUGUAACAAGCAAUUUCAUUGUCAUAAUUAGAAAGACAUUUUCAUUUUGGGAAAAAGCACAGAAACAGGGACAUCAAUUUGCUACAAAUGCAGAUGGAUCACUUUAGAAACAGUUCAAAAUUGAAUAUUAAAAGGCCUUCUGUGGGCUUCCCUGGUGGUGCAGUGGUUGAGAGUCCGCCUGCCGAUGCAGGGGACACGGGUUCGUGCCCUGGUCCGGGAAGAUCCCACGUGCCGCGGAGCGGCUGGGCCCGUGAGCCAUGGCCGCUGAGCCUGCGCGUCCGGAGCCUGUGCUCCGCAACGGGAGA